AUGCUGGACCGGAGCGACAGCAGCAGCCAAUACCACUAUUAUCAACCAGGCAUCGGCACCUAUGUCACAUCAGUCUCUCUGUCAGACAAUGGCCUAAUCCAGAAGCUGAAGUCGGCAUAUGUCAAAGCCAAAGCCGCUGCGAUCGGAUCUACCUUUGCCGACCACGUCAUGGCCGGUUACAAGUUUCUGAUGCGAUACUAUUGUCCCGGAGACCAGAUCUACUUCUUCGGAUUCAGUCGCGGCGCCUAUGUGGCCCGGUUUCUGGCCGAGAUGCUGGACAGGAUCGGCCUCUUAAAAACGGGCAAUGAGGAGCUGAUCAGCUUUGCCUGGAAGACAUUUGCAAAGUGGCAGCAACGUACCAGCCGCACGAAAGCUGAAAAGGCCCGGAAGAAACAAUUGGAACAACACCUGGCUGACUUUAAGGACACUUUCUGCCAGCCCGUGAGCCAGAUACGAUUCCUAGGCCUAUUUGAUACGGUUAAUAGCGUCCCUCGUUUUGAGAACGCCUGGAUGAGGCGGAGCAGGUUCCCAUAUACCGCCCGCACCUCAGCCAGAGUGAUCCGUCAUGCGGUCAGUAUCGACGAACACCGCGCUAAGUUUCGACAGGAUCUCGUGUCAGAGGUCAAACCGUCAAAGGAAUCACGGCAUUCAAGAUUGCGUCGCCGCGUAAAGGCACACUUUGCCGCCAAUCCCCAUCUGCGCCACCACCGGCAUAUAUUGCCUGAGAGCCCGAUGAAGCAGGAGCCCGAACAAGAGAAACCAAAGAUGUCAGAUGAUAACUGCGACUCCAAACAUGCAAGAAACGGCCCUGUUCGGCAUGCCGCGCUUGACGCCGAUCCGGAUCGUCUCAACAGGGAACGACAUCUGGCAUUGGCGGGAUUCCCCGAUCCUCCUCACGCGACUGAUGGCGUGGACUCGAUGAUUUCCACCGAGAGAUCCGGCACUGCAUCCGACCAUGGCGGCGAUAUUCCAACUGAACAGGACAUUGAGGAAGUAUGGUUUCCUGGCUGCCAUGCGGAUAUCGGAGGUGGUUGGGAGAUCAAGCAAAACGAGUGCUCUCUCAGCUACGUACCGCUGCUAUGGAUGGUCCACAAUGCGCAGCUGGCGGGACUGCGGUUUGAUACCAGCAAGCUAGCGCAUUUUGACUGUAUGACUGUCGGACAGGCGGCACAGUCGCGACGCGAAAAACGCUCAGAGGAUUUUGAGUCCAGAGCAAGCCCGAGCGGACAGGCGACCUCCAUUGGGAAGCGUGCAUCUGCUUCCGGCAUUCCAGAAGCCCUUCUUGAGAAGGCCAGCGCUGAUGGCAAAAUCCAUGAUUGCCUCCGAUUUGGCAGCGGCCCGUCCUGGCUCUCUGUUCUCUCCUGGAAGAUGAUGGAGUACCUGCCGUUUCGCCGGAUGGACCUUCAAGAAGACGGAUCCUGGAAGCCUGUCCGGUGGCCGCUUCCCCGCGGGGAGGUGCGCGAUAUGCCUGAUGACGCGAAGAUUCACGUUGCUGCGAUCCGGAGGUUGCACGCGAACUGCGACUAUCGGCCGGGAAAUCUGAUUAUGGGCGGCGGGGGUAGAGGGAAGUUGAAGGCUCCAAAGGAAGAGGGCAUAGGGGAGUGGACUGUGGCUGCACACGAGGGGUGUCCCUUGCAGGAAACAUAUGUCCGUAAGCCAAAGUCAUUUUCCCGCGACUAUUAG